CUGUCCUUGGGGGUGGAGCCAAUGACUGACCUGCAAGCAUCGAAAAAGAGGUACAAUGUAUCCCCCCCUUCCCAUUCCCCCCCUCCCGCCCAGGAAAAUUAAAAUCUGAUAUACAGACUGUAGAUCCCUAUGAAUCCAUCCUUGUUCAUUGUGGAAGGUGCAUGAGAUCAUCUGGGAGCUGCCUGGACGCCAUGGAGCACAUCCGAAUGCCCAAGGUGGAAAAUGUCCGCUUAAUUGAUCGUGUAUCUUCCAGGAAAGCUGCACUGGGGACUCUGUAUUUAACAGCUACUCAUGUUAUUUUUGUGGAAAAUGUAUCUGAAACUCGUAAAGAAACUUGGAUUCUGCACAGCCAAAUUUCCUCCAUUGAGAAACAGGCCACAACUGUUACUGGCUGCCCUUUGCUGAUUCGCUGCAAGAACUUCCAGAUCAUCCAGCUUAUCAUACCUCAGGAAAGAGAUUGCCAUGAUGUUUACAUAUCUUUAAUACGUCUGGCACGGCCAGUGAAAUAUGAAGAGCUCUACUGCUUCUCAUUCAACCCAAAGUUAGAUAAAGAAGAGCGAGAACAAGGAUGGAAGCUUGUGGGCCUCAAUGAAGAAUAUAAUCGGAUGGGUGUUCCAAAUAAAUGUUGGCAAAUCAGUGAUGUAAACAGAGACUACCAAGUCUGUGAUUCAUACCCUACUGAAGUGUACGUACCAAAAUCUGCAACUGCACACAUCAUUGUGGGGAGCUCUAAAUUCCGGAGCAGAAGACGUUUCCCAGCCCUUUCCUACUACUGUAAGGAUAAUAAUGCUUCAAUCUGUAGGAGCAGCCAGCCCUUAUCUGGUUUCAGUGCUCGGUGCCUUGAGGAUGAACAGAUGCUACAGGCCAUCAGAAAGGCAAAUCCAGGAAGCAAUUUCAUAUAUGUUGUUGACACUCGGCCUAAACUCAAUGCAAUGGCAAACAGAGCAGCAGGGAAAGGAUAUGAGAAUGAAGACAAUUACUCCAACAUCAAGUUUCAGUUCAUUGGUAUUGAGAACAUCCAUGUUAUGAGGAGCAGUCUGCAAAAAAUGCUAGAAG